CACUGUGUGUGUGUGUGUGUGUGUGUGUGCGCGCAAGAGUGUGUGUGUAAGCACCACCACUCAUCUCACAGCUCCAGUGGACUCCCAGUAUCAGCAGCAGCAUUCAUCACUGACGUACUGAGGUCUUGAGCGUCCUCUCAUUCCCUCCUUCAAACUAGCCAGACCUCAUCGCCUCACAACCACACACAGGAGAAGCUGAGGCCUGAGGCCCGAGGCCGGUAUUGGUUGCCACAAACGAACCCCCCGUGUUGAGCUUGGCGCCCGGUUUAAGGUUACAGGAUACAGCAUUAAAACAGAAUACGAGAGGAAGUAAGAGAGAAGUGGGGUGGAAAGAAAAAAAUGGAAAAUCUGACAUCGGAAACCAGCGUCCGUUUGAACUGCAACACCUCUGGCCGGCACACCAUCAUCUUUACGCUGAUCCCUGUGGUGUACGGCUGCAACUUUGUCAUCGGCAUCGUGGGCAACAGCAUGGUGGUGGCGGUCAUCUACUGCUACAUGAAGCUGAAGACGGUCGCCAACGUCUUUGUGCUCAACCUGGCCGUGUCUGACCUCACGUUCGUCCUCACACUGCCCAUGUGGGCCACCUUCACGGCCACAGGCUACCACUGGCCGUUUGGCGGCUUCCUGUGCAAGGCCAGCGCCGGCUUGGUCAUUUUCAACCUCUACACCAGCAUCUUCUUCCUGACGGCGCUCAGCAUCGACCGCUACCUGGCCAUCGUGCACCCGGUGCGCUCGCGGCGCCGCCGCACGCUCGUCUACGCCCGCCUCACGUGCGUGCUCGUCUGGGUGUUCGCCUUCGUGCUGAGCGUGCCCACGGCGUACACGCGCGACGUCUUCCAGAUCGAGAACAGCACGGUGUGCGGCGUGUGGCACCGCUCGGAGCACAUGGGCCUGCUGGUGGCGCUCAGCGUGCUCAAGAGCGUGCUGGGCUUCCUCGUGCCCUUCCUGGUCAUCAUCACGUGCUACUGCCUGAUCGGCCGGACGCUCCUGGGCGCGCGCGGUCGCAUCCAGCGCUCCACGCGUUCCCGUGACGACGAGGUGCUGCGCAUGUUGGCGGCGGCCGUGAUGGCCUUCUUCCUGUGCUGGAUGCCGCACCAGGUCUUCCACUUCAUGGAGAUGCUGGCUAUGCUGGACGUGGUGGAGAACUGCCAUGUGGUGGACAUCAUAGACACGGCCAUGCCCUUCACCAUCUGCAUCUCCUUCUUCAACAGCUGCAUCAACCCGCUGCUCUACGGCUUCGUCGGCAACAACUUCCGGAAGAAUCUGUUCCGGCUGCUGCGCUGCGAUCCCAACACCAGGGCUGGCCACGUCAGCCUGAGGUCCAAGAUGAGCACGCUCUCGUACCGGGCGUCCGAGGCCUUGCGCCUCACUUCCAGCAAGAAAGCCUCUGCGCCCGACGUCAAAUGAGAAAGGCGCCCUCACACAAAUAUUACACUGACAGUGACACUCCCUUAGAUAAACCCACUAAUGACUGAUGUGUCUGCUGCGCAAGGAAUGUUUUAUGAGGUUUAAAAACCCUUUAAUGUCUAGCACUAUGCCAUGGAAUCUCCAUGGUUAAAAAAUGACAAAACAAAUAUUUAUAAUAUGCAUACUGUUACUGAAAUGCACACCCCUCAGUUAUGAAAGCUCGUAUUAGAUGGUGCCUUUUUACACUGAAGUAAUUUGAUAUAACUAAAGUCUCUGAGAAGGUCUUUGCAUCUAAUUAAUCAUCUUU